CUCAUCAGAUGUACAAAGAAAAGAGAAAUAUUUCUUCGAUUCAUCACCCAUUUUAGCUCAUCACAUCUUGAGUCUGGAUUCAAGAUUCAAUUGAGGUUCAGUUGUUUGUCGUUUUAAGUAACACGAGUUGAGUUCAAAAAAUUGUGAGACAACACAAAUACUGAUUCUUCAAGAUUUUCAAGAAUGGUGAAGAAAGAGCAAAAGAUCCAAUCCGGGGCAGCCAAAGAAGUUUUGUCGUCCUCAUUACCAUCAUCGUCAUCAUUGAGUUCGAAAUCUUUCUUAAAAAAGAAGUACAAGGGAGUUAGAAUGCGAAGCUGGGGAUCAUGGGUUUCUGAAAUAAGGGCACCUAACCAAAAAACAAGAAUAUGGUUAGGGUCAUAUUCAACACCAGAGGCAGCCGCUAGGGCAUAUGAUGCAGCUCUCUUAUGCCUUAAGGGAACUUCAGCCAAUUUCAACUUUCCAGUAUCCAAAUCUCAAAACCUCCACCCUAAUACGAUCAUGUCCCCUAAGUGCAUCCAAAGGGUGGCUGCUGCCGCAGCCACAGCCGCCAACAAUGGCUUUUCUCCACCCGAACCAUGCAUCUCUUCCACUUCCUCAGCCUCAACACCACCAACUCCAUCACCAUUAACACCAUCUCCAACUUUAUCUUCUUCAUCACCUGCCUGCAGCCUCAUUGAAGAUGAUGCUGUCUCAUUAACACCACCAUUGAUCGAUGACUACACAGUACCCUAUGUUGCAGAAGAGACAAUAAUGGCCUCAUGGUACAACUUUGAUUCCCCCAAGUACACAGAUAUCCUCCUCAACGGGGAAUUCUUUGAUCCAUUAAUAAUGGAAGAUCCUUACGACAAUAUCGACAUUCCUUUGUGGAGCUUCUGCUGAUCAAGAGGCACUUUUGGUUAGAUGGUUGAGUAGCACUUGACAAUAUUAAUAUUGUCCAGUACUAUGUACCAGACGUACACUCAAAGUACUAUUGAUCCAACUCAUUCACUAUUAUUUAUACUUUCAUUCAUUGGAUGAUCUUCAGUUAUUUCUUGAAGACGUUACUGACCAAAAAUGUUUAAUAUCUUAGUAUUAAUGUUGAAUUUUUUAGAAAACAAGAAUUCAGAAGAGAGAAACAUAUAAAUUUGUACUCUAUACUUUAUGUUGUUUGUCAUCCCUACAUGUAAUGAGGCAAAAAUUAAUAUUUCUUUCAAGUUAAAUUGUAAU